CUGCGCCCACCCAAGCUGCCAAAAAGCCGCUCCGCGACGUUUCGCCACGUAAUUUUGAGGAGUGUUUUCAAAAUCUUCUCGCUGCCCAGGUGCCGGACAACAAUUUUGUAGAUUGUUAAUUUUUGUGCUAAAAUAGUGACCAAAAGUCUUUGAAAAAGCGCAAUGGAUUCCAUGAUUCGCUACAUCUCCCCGGUGAAUCCGGCCGUGUUUCCGCACCUGGCGUCGGUUCUGCUGCUGAUCGGCAUCUUUUUCACCGCCUGGUUCUUCGUGUUCGAGGUUUCCCGGCCAAAGCUGGGCGGCAAGGAAGGCGUCAUCUUCAAGGAGCUGCUCAUUUCGCUGUUUGCGUCGAUCUUCCUCGGGUUCGGCAUUCUGUUCCUGCUGCUCUCGGUGGGGAUCUUUGUGUGAGCGGUUCCCCGUAAUACUCCGUACAAACUUUUCCCGAUUACGUGUGUGAAGGCGAGAGUGGCGACAUUCGCGGUGAUCGUCCCUUCCGUUUUGAACUGAAUCUUGAGCAUUUUAUUUUUUUAAUUUUCCGGUAUGUCUCGGUCAAGUUCGGUCACGGAAAAAAAAGAUCCGGACCAUGCAGCAUAGCCAAGCAAAGUGGACACUACCAUGAAUGUGUAUGAGCUCUACUAAAUAAGAUUUAAACAAUUAGAUUUAAUACAGCACCCGGUCUGUGUGUGUCACCAACUCA